GGUGAUCCGAUCGGCGAUGUAAUCGAAAAGACAGUUAUGAAAGACUUCAAUAAUGUUAUGGCAUGUGAGACAAAUGACAGUGUGAAUGAUGUUCCGUGUAAGAAAGUGAAUAGCUUUUAUAUUGCGAGUGCGAGUGAUAAGUUAUUUAAUAAGUUGUGUGAUGAUAACGAUGGAUCCAAACAUGAGGGAUUCUUGCCUUGCGAGGACGAUUGUAGAAAAAAGAGAUGCGUUGACCGAUACGACAGCUCUGAAUCUUCAGACAGUGGCGUAGCGGUACUGAGUUGUACGGACUGCAGCGGCAGCAGCACCGCCUCGAGCGACAUCACCGAUCCCGGGUCCCCGUUCAGCACUGCGUCCAGUCAUUCCGAGGACUCUGGCUCACAACCAGCUAAAAUGCCCCCCACACAAACUGCCCACCACCCCCUCUGGUCCUGGACGCCAGAGGAGGGGCCGCCGUGCAAGCGGUCCCUGCAGGAGAAGACUACGACUAAUACAACUGCCUUCACGAAACGCUUCAAGCCCGACGAUGAGCCGAAGAGGAAGCAAUCACCGCCAUGCCUGAGCGCGGUGGCGGCCAAGACGCCACCCUUCGCCAAAUUCGCCCUCGCCGACCCCAACGACAAACUAGCCAAUACAAUUAAGAAGAUAGACAACCCCAAAAUGCAACAGGGUAAGAUAACGGAGUACUUCAAGUCCCAGAUCAAGGCCAACGGCGUGAAGAAGGAGAUCGUCAGUUUCGUCAAGCAGACGGAGGUGAAGAAGUUCGUCUCGCUGGUCGACCAGCAGACCCAGUUCAACAGUCUCAAAGCGCAAACCAUCCGCAAGGACGGGAAGAUCGUGGUGAAGAAGACGACCCAGACCAAAGUGAAGAAGGUAACGUCGGUGACGGUUCCGAGGAAGAUCCUUCCCGCGCCGAGCAACAUCUCGGAUAAGAUCACCAUCAACGAGCAGCUGAACGGCAUCGCGAAGUUCGCGCCAACGGUAACGCUGACCGCGCUCAGCUUCCCUCCGAACUACACGUAUCUGCAGACCAAGGCGCCCAAACCCCCCGACAGCCCAAUAUUCGUGCCGCAGUUCGCGACCCUCGCCAACGAUAAGAUCCCCAUCCCCAUCAUCAACCGGACGCCGUGCCUGAACGUCAUCCAGCCGGUGCAGAAGGUCACAACAAUCAACAACUUCAACUGUGUUAAGUUAAACGCCACGGUAGUGCCUCUGAUGAAAGUGAACACCCUACCGCCUAGGAUCGGACUGGCGCACCCCGGCAUCGCCAGCGUGCUGGGCGGCCCAGUCGCGCUCAGCGUGGAGACGGCCGUGCCGACGGUGCUGUCGGCCAAGCCGAAGUUCAGCGAGACCAGUAUUACGAAUUUCGUCGCACCAAAGCAACCGGUCAGUCCGACCGUCCGCGCCGACAACGUACCGAACAAGUGCCGGACGGAGGACAGCUCAAGGACAGAGGAGUGCACGACGCAGGAGAUAUUCGGUGGGGACGAGGAAGUGUCGCGGACGCAGGAAAAGUCGCCGACGCCGACAGACUCGGACAGUGGCAUAUCGAACAGGGAGUGCUUGGAAGUGAGUGUCGGUGAGAAUGUGGCGGUGGAGCAGCAGAAGUCGCCCAUCCUGUCGCAACCGAAGACAAUCAGGUUCCCGGCCAAGCAGGGCGCGAAGGAGGAUGGGAAGUCGCCGCAGCAUUCGACCGACGGCAGGUGUAGAUGGGCCGAGUGUGAUUCCCGAUUCGACACCAGUGGGGCCUUAUUAGAACAUCUACAGGUUAAACAUGUGAUAUCUCAAGCUUCCCAAGAGCAUUACGUUUGCUUAUGGCUAGGCUGUAAAGUUCAUGGUAGGACUUCGUGCUCAAGAUCAUGGUUGGAGAGACACGUCCUCGCACAUGCGGGCACCAAGCCCUUUCGUUGUAUAGUGGAUGGUUGCGGCCAAAGAUUCAAUUCACAGCUGAUGUUGGAGCGACACGUCAACGGCCACUUCAACUCGGACGGCAGCCCAAACGGAAGCGCCAAGAAGUCGACCGAGAACGGCCCUUCGAAGCUGUUCAAAAGGAACGGGAAACGUAUAAGGUUUAGGCGGCAGCCGUGGUCAGCGCGAAUGUUUGACUUCAUCGAUUCUGGGAUCAUGGAAGGGCUUCAGCACAACCUCCUGAUUCUCACCCAGAAGAGAACCCUAGGAAAAAUAAGCGACGCGGGUGAUACUGUCCAUUUACAGAGCCAAAUAUUAGCGAAAAGAGUAGAAACCAAUGGUAGUAUAAAGUAUCUCCUCAGGUGGCAUCCGCAGAAUGUUGUUCCAGAUGAGUGGGUCACUGAAAAAGAGUACAUACCCACGAAGGUUGUAUCGAUACCGAGUCUGCAACCGUCAGCCAAAACAGCUCUGAAGCCUUCGUUAUUCCCGGAGAAGAACGAGGAGCCACCGAGGCAGAAGCAGAGGCGCAAGCCCCUCUCAAAGCAUACGUGAUAAAAAAUUGUUGUUUAAAAAUAAUGUUUAUAAUAUUUUUGAGCCUUUGUAUAAAAAGAAAAAUGAAAAAACACCAGGAACACUUUUGUCGGGUGUGUGAUUAAAUGGUCAAAUUGUACCGAAGUAUUUUACCAUAUAAAAACAAUGGAUUUUACCCUUUCAUCGGUAGGACUACGAUGUAAUUUUUUUGUAUGUACAGGCACGUUGAUGUUUAUAAGAGUAGAAGCAGUAAAGAUACGGCAAAUUAAAUCUAAUCUAAUUUCAGAUUUAACGUCGGGUCUAAGGGUGUGAUGGAAAAUAAAGUUUUUCGUAUGGACGAUUUUCCAAAAAUGUUUCCUCUUCGAGAUACAAAGUAAUCAAGUUUAGAAAAAAGUCAGUUUUUUUCAAGUAACUGAAAUAAAUUUGCAAUUAAAUUGUUUUUUUUUUAUUUAAAAGAAAUAUUCACACUAAUUAGUUCCAUAUGUUCCUAGAUCGUUAUUUUUUAU